AUGUUUGGAGGUUUAGAUAGCCUCGCAUUGUCACAACAAGAUCAGACUCCGGAUUUAGACCAGCUUAGUUUAGACUCUUUUCAGAUGCAGACACAGACUCAACUGAAGCAUGAUGGUCAAUAUGAUACUGAUAUACUCCAGCCUCCUAUAGUGGCUGAAUCAAUUGCCAAACAAGAAUGUAGUAUUAUACCGCAUACAGUAGAUAAUGCUCAAGUUAUUGAAGCUUUUGAAAGUAAGCAAAUUUCAAAGAAACGUAAGAGGUGGUGUAAGAAAGAUGAUAGACUUCUUUUCAAAGUCAUCUACGACCUUGAGAAACAAGGUCUGCUCACUCUUGAUGAAUUGACAACUCUUGAUCCAAAGGAUGCAAAGUAUCACUUAAUUGUCAGACAUCUCCGACAACAGUUUGGGUGGAAGUCAUUAUACAAAGACUUGGUCAAGCGGAUCAAAAGUCGAAUCUCAGACUACUUCUCCCACAGAGACGUUAAACUGCUCAAAAAGAUUCUCAAGACUCAAUACGAUUACACAGAUCCUGACUUCGAGAAGAUUUUUCUGGAGUUUCCUGGCAAGUCUUUGCAAAGAGUCACUGAGCUCACCGAGAGGAUCUGUGAAAGCAAGAAGACCAAGGGGCUAAGUCUGAUUGAUGCCAACAACCAGAACUAGCCAAGAAAUAAUCAUUUAUGCCAAAUAUUCUGUUUCUAGAAUAACUAUAUUUUAGGACAGUUUACCAAUUAGGGUUUUAUUAUAAUCUUU